CUAUUUUAACUUAACCUUCAAUUCAAUACAUUACACCUUUGCUUCUUCCUGUUACAUUUACAUUUACAUUUUGUGAAAAUUUCUUCGUGAUAUUUUAUAUCUAUUGCAGAAAUGGCUUCGCUAGGCAAAAAGAUGAUCGACCAAUUGAAAAGUAGGGAGUUUAGGAGCUAUCUUAUGAGUACACAUUUUUGGGGACCAGUUGCAAAUUGGGGCAUUCCUCUAGCCGCUUUAGCUGACAUUAAGAAAGAUCCGAAGUAUAUAAGUGGUAAAAUGACAUUCGCAUUGUGCCUGUAUUCUGCAAUAUUUAUGAGAUUUGCGUGGAAAGUUCAACCACGAAAUUUACUUUUAUUUGCUUGCCAUUUCACUAAUGAGGCAGCUCAACUAACUCAGUUUGGAAGGUUCAUUAACUACAGUUAUGGUUCAGAAAAGAGUUAAUGUUUGUUUUAUUUGAAAUUUUUAAAUGAUGUGCCUUAGUGUAGCAUACUCAAUCACUCAAUAGGAGUUUUAUAACGUUCAACUGGUGAUAAUUACAUACUUCGAUCAUGCAGUAAAUUUGAAUUCAUAUGUAUGCCGAAAAUGGGUUUGGUUACGGCAUAGCUUCAUGAUUUUUUUUUAUUGCUUUAUCAUUUACUACUGGAUUGUUUUUAUUGGUUUCUAGUACAUACAGCUUAUCAAGCAUUAAAAAAAAUUGUGCAAUGAUGCAAGUUUAUUGCUAUAGCUGUAAUAGAAAUUAUCUAAACAAUUAAGCAAGUAAUGUAUAUACUUAAUGAUACUGCAGUUUUAUUGCAGAACUCCAAAUGUUGCCAAAUGUCAUUAUAAUUGCUCAUGUUUAACAUACCAUUUAAACCAAACUUUUUAUCGAACGUUCGACUACACAGGGUGUAAUAAGACAUAUAUCAAACUACUUACUCGAAAUAUAGGUAUAUUAUGAUGAUAUUGAGCCAGGGGCGGGUAUAUAUACGUAAAAAAGUCACCGUAAUAUGUACUAAUUAUGUGAUACAUGUAAAUCAUUUCUACGUACGCUACAAGUAACCCGGAAAUACUCAUAUUAGUAGUCUUAUAAUUUAGAUUUAGAUAUAUAA